AUGCAAAGCAUGAUAGACAUGAAUCCAAUUAAACGAUGGUUAAAUGCUUAUGACUCAUCUAACGAGAAAAACAAGAAGUUAAAGAGCGAUAAAACAACAAUUAAUUGUUUAGAAAAUUUACCAAAUGAAAUUUUCUAUGAAGUUUUUGAUUAUCUUGAUGGAUGUAAAUUAUUCAAUGCAUUUUCAAAUCUUAAUACACGUUUUCAAUAUCUACUCGCUUGUACAUCUAUUCGACUAAAGAUUCGUCUCACCAAUGCGUCAGAAACAGUCCUGCAGUAUCUAUCCGAUCAUAUAAUCAUACCAAAUAAACAUCGAAUUGUUUCCCUCAACCUAAGUGAAGAUUGCAGGUAUUAUUAUCCAAAUUUAAAUCUAUUUGAUAUUGACUCCUCAUUCAUUCGUCUUGAAUCACUUCAAUUAUACAAUAUUCAAUCGAAUCAACUUAUACCUAUUCUCAUAAGUUUAAUAUCGUUAAACCGUCUAUCAUCAUUGACUAUCGAUUGUAAUGAUGAUGAUCCAUAUGAUAUUGAUAAUAUAUAUCGAAUGAUUUUUAAUUUGCCUAUAUUAAGAUAUAAUAAAUUAUCAUAUUAUUCAUUUGAUUUGCCUAUUCCUCUAUCGAUUGCUAGAAACACACAAUUCAGUCAUAUUGAAUAUUUAGUUGUCGAUCAUCGAUGUACUUUAAAUGAAUUGAUUGUUAUACUUUCAUAUACACCUCAACUAUGUUGUUUAGCUUGUCGAGAAAUCAAUGAGUCAAAUGAAGACGAUGACACAAAACAUGUACUUAGUACGAUAUUCAAUCUGACUUAUAUUUCUAUUGGUAAAUGUCAUGCAAAAUUUGACGAGUUGAUACUAUUCAUUACAAAAAUAUCACCACAAUUACAAGUAUUACAUAUUACUAGUAGUCAAGAUGUGACUUAUUUGGAUGCUGAUCGAUGGCAACGAUUAAUUUCACGAUAUUUACUUAAUUUACGAAUAUUGGAGUUUAAAUAUGAAGAAUUUAUUGAUGACGAUUUAGAAGUAACUCUUUAUCAUGAGCGACUUGAUCGAUUUUAUUCAUCAUUUUGGACAAAACGAAAGUGGUAUUUUAGGCUUCACAUUGAUACGGGAUAUUUGUUAGAUGAUUUAAUUGUUUAUUCUGUAUCUUCAGUCAGGAAAAAUUCUAUUAGUGAUAUGGAUCAAAAUAUUUCUCUUAAUGAACACGACGAAUCUAUUUUGUCGUUAGAAGUUCUUUCUGAAACUAAUCAAUUAACCAUUGUUGAUCUUCCUCAUAUUGAUAAUGAUCCGUCGUUGACUGUCACUAUAGGUCCUAUUUUACUUCUUGUACCGAUUACAUGUUUAAAUAUCACUUGUUGGGAGAUUUUUAUUGGUUCAUUGAUUGAACUUGUGGCAUGUUUACCUAAUCUGAAUUCAUUAGUAGUUUCAUCUUUAGCAAUGAUCAAACCAAGAUGUUUAUCUGUGGAAGAAACAAUAACUCUUCGUUGGUUAUCAGAUUAUAAUACAAUUUCAAAAGUAAAACUUCACCGCAUGAAUGAUCUGGCAGAAAUUCAAUUUCUUUUUGACUUAUGUUCUUUCAUGGAAUAUUUGGAAGUGGAUUGUACAGAUAAAAUCUGUCCCAAACAACUUCUACGAUUUAUUUUAAUGAAAAAUAUCAAAUCUAUUCCUAAACUUUCUUCAUUCUGUUUUGGAAUUUCAAUUACGAAAGAGAAUAUAAUCGAUCAGUUAACAACAAUGAUUAAUCUUGAACAAUUAUGUCAUAAUUAUACAAUAAAACAGAUACAAAACAAAAUUUAUUUACGAUGGACUCGAUGA